AUGGCCGACACAGAACAACCUCCGGCGAAGAAGAAGUGCCUCGGCGUAGACUGCCCCAACGAUGCUGGCUCACUGCAGUGUCCGACAUGUCUGAAACUCGGCAUCAAGGGCAGCUUCUUCUGUUCGCAAGACUGCUUCAAGAAGAACUGGGGUGAUCACAAGUCUAUGCACAAGAGCGCCUCGGGCAAGACACAGAACGGUAUUAUUCACAACAUUAUCCCCCCAAAGGUCGUCUCUAAACCUGAUCCGACGACAGGCUUCUUCAACCCCUUCCCCUCCUACAACUACACCGGACCUCUCCGCCCCGUUUACCCGUUAUCCGAGAAGCGCACCGUUCCAAAGUCGAUACCACACCCCGACUAUGCCGAGUCUGGCAUACCGAAAGGCUCGCGGUUGGUGAACAGAAACAAGAUUGAGCUUCUCGACGCCAAGGCGCAGGAAGGCAUGCGCAAGGUCUGUAGACUGGCUAGAGAAGUGCUGGACAUCGUCGCCGGUGAGAUGAAGCCGGGUGUCACCACCGACUAUCUUGACGAGGUCUGCCAUAAGGCCUGCAUCGAGCGCAACUCUUACCCAUCACCGUUGAACUACAACUUCUUCCCUAAAUCGAUAUGUACCUCGGUCAACGAAGUCAUCUGUCACGGUAUUCCGGAUCAGCGCAUACUCAUGGACGGUGACAUACUGAAUCUGGAUGUUACCUUGUACCACGAAGGCUUCCACGGCGACCUUAACGAGACGUACUAUGUCGGUGAUCGCGCAAAGGCGGACCCUGACACGGUCCGGGUAGUAGAGACUGCGCGUGAGUGUCUGAACAAGGCCAUCGAGAUGGUCAAGCCGGGCUGCUUGAUUCGAGACUUCGGCAAUGUGAUCGAGAAGCACGCCAAGGAGCAGAACUGCAGCGUUAUCCGGACAUACUGUGGACAUGGCAUCAACAGCACCUUCCACUGCCCGCCCAACGUGCCCCAUUACGCCAAAAACAAGGCUGUUGGAGAGUGCAAGCCAGGCAUGACUUUCACCAUCGAACCCAUGAUCGCGCUGGGCAAGUACCGCGACGUGACGUGGCCCGACAAUUGGACCAGCUGUACCAUUGAUGGAAAGAAGACGGCGCAGUUUGAGCAUACUCUGCUGGUCACAGAGACUGGCGUUGAGAUUUUGACUGCCAGGAAAGCAGACUCUCCAGGUGGCGCCAUUGCGAGGCCAACACCGGUAGCAAAUGGAACCAAUUAG